CUGGGGCACAUUAAGGUCCAAAAGCCCUUUCUUCUCUCCCCAAAAAUUCCAAAUAAUUGCAAUAAUAAAAAGAGAAACAAACCACGUUUUGCAAGGUCCUCCUUCUUCCUUUUUUUUUUGCAAUUUAACCCAUCCCAGCAACAGCAAAUGGGGAGAAAAAAAUAAACACUUGGGCCUUGCAAAGAUAAAAAUCCAGAAACAAUAAUAAUAAUAAUAUGGAGCACCAGUCACACAAAAAAAAUAAAACAGGAACAAACAAAAUAAAUUGGUAAAUCCUCAAAUGCAAAUCCUCAAAAUCCUUCUCUCUUUUUUUUUGCUUGGCUUGCUUUACCUGGAUGCAGGAAAUCCAAAAUUGGGAGAGAUCUCUCUUUUUUGCAAUCCUUCUUUUUCCAAAUGGCGUUGGUGUGCAAAGCAGGGAGGUUUCCUCCCAAUUGCAAUUGAAUUUAGGAUGAUAGUAGUAGUAAAUGAUUAUGUUUUUGCCCUUAGGAACAAGCAAUGCCUCCCAGGAAGAGACGCCUCUUUCUCUCCUCCUUCUUCUCCUUCUUCCUCGCUCCCUCUUUUUCUCCCUCUCUCUCUCUCCUCCUCUUCCUCCUCUUCUUGAUGUCCUGAAACGUACCAACGGAAGCGGUAAUUCGUCGACUUCCUCCCAGCAAAAGAAGGGGGGGAGAAGGAAGGAAGGAAGGUUGGCUUUUAGACGCCUCCCACUGAAGCUCUUUGCUUGCUGGCCAAAGGAACGCCUGCUCUGCCUCUUGCAUUCUCUUUGCAACGGCCGCCUGCUUUGCAAAAGGAACCCAGGCUGGCAGUUCCAGAUUUCCUCCAUUGAACUAACAUGGGCCUGUGACUUGCCUGGAGACAUCUUCUCAUUCCCCAAGCGUCCCCAAAUUCUUAGGCUUGCAGAAGGCGAGGAGGAAGUAAAGGUGUGGCUAACCAUGGGUCCUAAGAAAGUUUUUACGAAGAAGAAACGGAUGAUGUGCUUGGAUACAAAACACGAAAUCAUCGAGAAGCAUGAGCAAGGCGUGCGCGUUGCCGACUUGGCAAGAGAGUACGAUCGUAAUACUUCGACGAUAUGUUCGAUUUUGAAGCAGAAGGAGUCGAUCAAGGCUGUGGCGCCGGCCAAGGGCAUUAAGAUCAUUUCAAAGCUCCGGACCUCUGCCCACGAAGAGAUGGAGAAGUUGCUGUUGGUGUGGUUGACAGAGAAGCAGCUCGCGGGAGAUUUCGUCACGGAGAGCAUCAUCUGCGAGAAGGCGCGAGCCCUUUACGGGGAUUUGGUGCGCCGGACGCCGCGAACAUCAACAGGCGAUGCGCCGGAAGAGUCGUUCAAAGCCAGUCGGGGAUGGUUUGAUAAUUUUAAAAAGAGGACCGGCAUUUUCUCUGACGUUGCCUGGCAGGGUGUGGCAAGGAGGAACUUAAACUUUGCCUGGAAGAAGCUGUGGCCUGAGGUUGUGUCCGACGAAAGGAGCUUCGAAGGUUUCAAACCUGAAGAGUUGGCAAUGGAGGAGAUGGUGUCCAAUGGGAAGUCCUCGGAAGUGGACGAAGGAGACGCCAACGGCCUUGUCGAGCAGCACAACGAGGAACUGAUAAAGGAGGAAGUGGAGGAGUUACAGGAGCAACAGCUUGUGGAAGUUAAGCAGGAAAUCGAUGCAGAGGAGCCAGAAACGGAGGAGGUCUGGCUAACCGUGAGUCCUAAGAAAGUUUGUGCCAAGAAGAAACGGAUGAUGUGCUUGGAUACAAAGCACGAAAUCAUCGAGAAGCACGAGCAAGGCGUGCGCGUUGCCGACUUGGCAAGAGAGUACGAUCGUAAUACUUCAACAAUAUGUUCGAUUUUGAAGCAGAAGGAGUCGAUCAAGGCUGUGGCCCCCGCCAAGGGCAUUAAGAUCAUUUCAAAGCUCCGGACCUCUGCCCACGAAGAGAUGGAGAAGUUGCUGUUGGUGUGGUUGACGGAGAAGCGGCUCGCGGGAGAUAUCGUCACCGAGAGCAUCAUCUGCGAGAAGGCGCGAGCCCUUUACGGGGAUUUGGUGCGCCGGACGCCGGGAACGUCAACAAACGGGGCGCCGGAAGAGUCGUUCAAAGCCAGUCGGGGAUGGUUUGAUAAUUUUAAAAAGAGGACUGGCAUUCACUCCGACAUCACAAGGAGGAACGUAAACUCUUCAUCCAAUAAGCCGUGUCCUGAGGUUGUGUCUGACGAAAGGGGCUUCGAAGGAUUCAAACCUGAAGCAUUAUCAAUGGACGACGUUGUGUCCAAUGGAAAAUCCAUGGAAGUGGAUGAAGGAGACGUUAAUAACAAUCUCGUCGAGCAGCACAACGAGGAACCAAUGACGGAAGAAUUCGAGGAGCAUCAGCAUAUGGAGAUUAAGCAGGAAAUCGAUGCGGAAGAGACGGACACAGAGGAGGAGGUUAUCCGCACGAGCGAGAUCACGGAAAUGUUGGGAAUGUGGGAGAAAAUUUCAGACUUUAUUAAAAGGAAACAUCCAGAAAAAGUUACAGCGAGUUGUGCGUUGGCGCUGUGCAACGACAUUUGCCUCACUCAUUUCAGAAACAUUUUGAAAGGGAGGAAAGAACAGAACUCCUUGGACAGGUUUUUGUUGAAACGCCCUGCAAGCGAAAGCGAGGAAAUUGCGGCAAAAAAGGCAAAUCUCAGUGAAGAAGACGACGAUUAAGGGAUGUCUGAUCUUGGAGGGAAAUACAUACUCUACGCUUAAUAAAUACAGUUUAUUUAUGUA